ACACUUUUCUCAAAAGAAAAAAAAAAAAAACAACCUCUUUACUAAAUUAAGAGAACGAAUUCAUUUUAUAAUUAAAUUUCGACGCGUGAACAUCGUUGUUGGGCCAAAGUUAGUUUAGUUAAAACGCGCUUUAAGUAAUUUUGUGUGUAUAUUUUCAUUUAUUUAAAUAUACAAAUCGGAAUUAUUUACAAAAAAUAAAAAAACAGAAGAAAAAAUGAAAUUCUUAUUGUGUUCGUUACUAUUGGUGGCUACCGCCACUUUGGGUGUUGUAUACGCCGAUGAAGAAAUCAAAACCGAAGAUGGUGUCUUGGUAUUGACUGUGGACAAUUUCAAAAAAGCCAUUGCCGAUAAUGAAUUCAUUUUGGUAGAAUUCUACGCUCCCUGGUGCGGUCACUGCAAAUCUUUAGCUCCCGAAUACGCUAAAGCUGCUCAAACCUUGGCCGAAAAAGAAUCCAACAUUAAGUUGGCUAAGGUUGAUGCUACUGUUGAAGGUCCUUUGGCUGAAGAAUACCAAGUACGUGGCUACCCCACCUUGAAAUUCUUCCGCAACGGUGCUCCCGUCGAAUACACUGGUGGUCGUCAAGCUGCCGAUAUUGUUAGCUGGGUUAACAAGAAGACUGGUCCCCCUGCCAAGGAUUUGCCCACUGUUGAAGAAGCUGAGAAAUUCUUGAAGGAUAAUGAAAUUGCCAUCAUUGGUUUCUUCAAGGACUUGGAAAGUGAUGCCGCUAAAGCUUUCGUUGCUGCUGCCGGUGAAUUGGACCCCAUUCCUUUCGGUUUGACCUCCAGCGAUGAUGUUGUUGCCAAAUACGAAGUUAAGGAUGGUGCUGUUGUUAUGUUCAAGCCUUUCGAUGACAAGAAGACCGUUUUCGAAGGUGAACUUACUUUGGCCAACUUGAAGAAAUUCGCUCAAGUCGAAUCUUUGCCCUUGAUUGUUGAAUUCAACCACGAAUCUGCCUCCAAAAUCUUCGGUGGUCAAAUCAAAUCUCACUUGUUGUUCUUCGUCUCCAAGGAAGCCGGUCACAUCGAGAAAUACGUUGAACCCUUGAAGGAUAUUGCCAAACAAUACCGUGAUGAUAUUCUCUUCGUUACCAUCUCCUCUGAUGAAGAAGACCACGCCCGUAUCUUUGAAUUCUUCGGCAUGACCAAGGAAGAAGUACCCACCAUCCGUUUGAUCAAAUUGGAAGAAGAUAUGGCCAAAUACAAGCCCGAAAACAACGACUUGUCCGCCGAAACCAUCAAGGACUUUUUGCAAAAAUUCAUGGAUGGUAAACUCAAGCAACAUUUGUUGUCUCAAGAAUUGCCCGAAGACUGGGACAAGAACCCCGUUAAGGUUUUGGUUGCCACCAACUUCGAUGAUGUUGCCAUGGACAAGAGCAAGGAUGUUUUGGUUGAAUUCUAUGCUCCCUGGUGCGGACACUGCAAACAAUUGGCUCCCAUCUACGAUCAAUUGGGUGAGAAAUUCAAGGAUAGCGAAACCGUUGUCAUUGCCAAGAUCGACUCAACUGCCAACGAAUUGGAACACACCAAGAUCUCCUCAUUCCCCACCAUCAAAUUGUACCGCAAGGGCGAUAACAAGGUCAUCGACUACAAUUUGGACAGAACUUUGGAUGAUUUCGUUAAAUUCUUGGAAGCCGGUGGUGAUUUGAAAUCUGCCGAAGAAGAAGAAAAGGUUGAAGAAGAAGAGGAGCACAAGAAGGAUGAAUUGUAAAUUUUCCAAACUAUCACCUCAUCCCCCCCCCCCCCUUUUUAUACACUUUCUCUGUAUAACUUUUCCUACUCCUCCGCCCACCACCAUUUGAAUUUUCUUCAUUUAAUUUAAUUCCUUUGAAAACAACAACAACAAAAACCCUUCAUCAUACCACCUCUAAAACAUUCUUUGUUUAUUUUAACGGUUUUUUUAAAUUUAGUUUUUAAAGAAUUGCAUUUUUUGUUUGCAUCUUUUUAAACAACAACAACAAAACACAUCAACAACAUCCAGCAGGGUUAACUGGUUAAUCCCGCUGUUUCUUAUAAGUGUUUUUAAGUUUUUUAUAACAAUAAAUUAACGAUUUAUUGUUAAUUUUUUUUUUUGAAAAAAUAAAAAAUCUUGCUUUCCGUUUUUGUAAUAAGUUAUAAAUAACAAACAACAAGUUUUAAUUAAUUCUAUUUUUUAUAUAUGUAAUAAUAAUUAAAUUAAAAAAGAAAAAAAUAUUAAAAUUAUUUUAACAUGACUUUUUUUGAAAUGUUUAAGGAUGGGAAAAAGUAGUUUUCUAAAAACGUCUAUGAUGUUGUAAGAGAAUUUGUGUUAGAAAAGUUUUAGCAUUUUUAGCCUGUAGAAAGAAUGUAAGAAUGUUCUCUCUAAGUUUUUUUUUUUUAAUUUAUAUUUU